GUCUACUCUACCCGUCUGCUCCAUUCAUGGCCAGUCCAGUCCCGAGUGUGUCCGAGUUGGUUGCCGAGGCUCGACGUGUGUACGAGCAGAGCUUCGGGGGAGAUGGUCCACAGGUGGCAGUGUGUGCCCCAGGCAGGGUCAACCUGAUAGGGGAGCACAUCGACUACAACCAAGGAUUCGUCCUCCCUAUGGCUCUGCCCAUGGUGACGGUGGUGGUUGGCAGUAGGACCUCUGGCCAGAGUGCCUCCAUCAUUACUGCUGCUAAAGAUGUGGAGGAGCCCAGGAGAGUGGACUUUGACUUGCCCAAUGACAAGGCUUCUCUGUCUCCUGGGAAACCCAGCUGGGCCAAUUAUAUCAAAGGAGUGGUGCAGCACUACAGAGCUCCUCCAGUCCCAGGGUUCAGGGCAGUGAUAGCCAGUAGUGUCCCUCUAGGAGGCGGUCUGUCCAGCUCAGCCUCUCUAGAGGUAGCCAUGUACACAUUCCUACAGCAGCUCAAGCCAGAUGACGGGGACAAGGUGGCGAAGGCAGUGGCGUGCCAGAAGGCAGAACACACCCAUGCAGGUGUGCCCUGCGGCAUCAUGGACCAGUUUGUCUCCGUGCUGGGCAGGGAGGCUCAUGCUCUACUCAUAGACUGCAGGUCCCUGGAGGCCACUCCUGUUCCUCUGUCAGACCCAGGCCUUGUCAUCCUCAUCAGUAACUCGAACGUGAAGCAUUCUCUGACGGGCAGCGAGUACCCUAGCAGACGACGACAGUGUGAGGAGGCAGCUGCCAUCUUGGGAAAGGCCAGCCUGAGAGAUGCCACAGUGAAGGACCUGGAGGAUGCUAAGAGCCGAUUGGACGAUGAGACCUAUCGAAGGGCUCGUCAUGUAAUCGAGGAGAUAGCGCGGACGGCCCAGGCAGCAGAGUCCCUGAAGAAAGGGGAAUACAAAGAGUUUGGCAAACUCAUGGUGGAAAGCCACAACUCACUCAGGGACUUGUUUGAAGUGAGCUGCAAGGAGCUGGAUGAGCUGGUGUCUGCAGCCGUGGAGGUGGAGGGUGUGUUUGGCAGCAGGAUGACAGGGGGAGGGUUUGGAGGAUGUACUGUCACACUACUGCAGGCUGAAGCCAUAGACAGGACCAUGCAGAACAUACAGGAGCGAUACAGUGGAUCCCCAACUUUCUACAUCACAACUCCCUCACAAGGAGCUCGGGUCAUGAGUCUAUGAAGAGCAAACACUACAUUUUUCCAUUAUGUACAACUUCAUCGCAAAAAAAAAAAACACACAUUCCUAUUGAUUUUUCUAUGAUAUUUUGUUUGCCUAUGUAGCAAUGUUUAAUCAAUCCUGUGGGGGCGAAAUGAGCAGGUAAAGCAAUCUAUUGUAAGACUUUUCUUCAGAGUGCCUUAAACUAUCAUGAUAUUAAUACAGCUAGUAAUUGCCAAGCACUAAAUCAAGUAAAGUAUCAUCUCUUGUGGUUGCAUCUGAAAGACUGUAAUAAUGUUGUUUUGUACAAUUAGAAAAGUGCCAUAAAUAUAGGAUGAUUGUUCCACUAUAAAUAAGGCAAAUCUACAAAAAUAAACAAUCUUCUAAACUUCA